GCGAAAUGUUCAGAACCUCGCACCAAAAGGGCGUCUUGAUAAACGCCUAUCUGGUUUGUGCUAGUUUUAUCCUUCUCUCUACUCUUAUCUUCUCUCACAUUUUUUCGUUCGAUUCUCUCCUCCCGCGAAAAUGAGAGAGUGCAUCUCAAUUCACAUUGGUCAGGCCGGUAUCCAGGUCGGCAAUGCAUGCUGGGAACUUUACUGUCUCGAGCAUGGCAUCCAGCCUGAUGGCCAAAUGCCAAGUGACAAGACAGUUGGUGGGGGAGAUGAUGCAUUCAACACCUUUUUCAGUGAAACUGGUGCUGGGAAACAUGUUCCUCGCGCUGUAUUUGUAGAUCUUGAGCCCACCGUCAUUGAUGAAGUGAGAACUGGACAAUACCGCCAGCUCUUCCACCCAGAACAACUUAUCAGCGGCAAGGAGGACGCUGCCAACAAUUUCGCCCGUGGUCACUAUACUAUUGGUAAGGAGAUUGUUGAUCUUUGUCUGGACCGCAUCCGUAAGCUGGCUGACAAUUGCACUGGUCUCCAAGGCUUCCUUGUUUUCAAUGCUGUUGGUGGAGGCACUGGCUCUGGUCUUGGUUCACUUCUCCUGGAGCGUCUUUCUGUUGACUAUGGAAAGAAAUCAAAGCUUGGUUUCACUGUUUAUCCAUCCCCUCAGGUUUCCACUUCAGUUGUUGAGCCCUACAACAGUGUCCUAUCUACCCAUUCCCUUCUCGAGCAUACUGAUGUUGCUGUGCUUCUUGACAACGAAGCCAUUUACGACAUCUGCAGGCGUUCUCUUGAUAUUGAGCGUCCCACUUACACCAACCUCAACCGCCUGGUCUCUCAGGUUAUUUCAUCCUUGACUGCCUCCCUGAGGUUUGAUGGUGCCCUGAAUGUUGAUGUGACUGAGUUCCAGACCAACCUGGUUCCCUACCCCAGGAUUCAUUUCAUGCUCUCAUCGUAUGCACCAGUAAUCUCAGCCGAGAAGGCCUACCAUGAGCAGCUAUCGGUGGCUGAAAUCACCAACAGCGCCUUUGAGCCAUCAUCUAUGAUGGCCAAGUGUGACCCUCGCCACGGCAAGUACAUGGCAUGCUGUCUGAUGUACCGAGGUGAUGUUGUGCCCAAAGAUGUGAAUGCUGCUGUUGCUACCAUCAAGACCAAGAGAACCAUCCAGUUUGUGGACUGGUGUCCCACUGGGUUCAAAUGUGGUAUCAACUAUCAGCCACCAACUGUUGUUCCAGGGGGUGACUUGGCCAAGGUUCAGAGGGCUGUCUGCAUGAUCUCCAACUCCACCAGUGUUGCGGAGGUUUUCUCCCGAAUUGACCACAAGUUCGAUCUGAUGUAUGCUAAGCGUGCCUUUGUUCACUGGUAUGUUGGUGAGGGCAUGGAAGAGGGAGAGUUCUCUGAAGCUCGCGAGGAUCUUGCAGCUUUGGAGAAGGAUUAUGAGGAGGUUGGCGCUGAAUCUGCCGAGGGAGAAGAUGGUGACGAGGGAGACGAGUACUGAGUGUGAACGAGUGUGGUUGGUUCAUCAGUUUUAGUUUCUUCCAUGUUUAGGUGGACGAUGUGUUUUCGUUUUCUCGGAUGCGCUAUAUGUUUUACUGAAGCAGCUUAGAUUGUGUUAAUGCUCUACGUGUAAUCUUUUGUUUUACUUCUCCGAUGCCAUGCUAUACUCCUAACUAUUAGUAGAGGUUUCUUAUACGCCCGCUGCACUCGCCAACACGACAAUGGUCGUAGGCAUAGCUUGCUUCUCUUACCUCUUGCCUCUCUCGUGUAUCACUUUCCCACACACCUCUCAUCUGUAAGAGUUGGCAAUUCAUCCUUCUGGCCACACCACCUCAUUUAUCUUAUUAAAACCACUUCCUCUA